AUGUGGGAGCCUAACGAACAAUUACUCCUUCGAGCACCUGUGCGUUACAAAAAACAUGAAGGAACCUUGUUCGUUACCCCUCGACGAGUAGCAUGGCAGCAACAAGGAUUACCUCAAUUGAAUCCAUCAAUACACUAUGGCGAGAUUGGAUCUUUGGCACAGACGCCCGAGUCAUCCGCAAAGGUCUUGCUUAAGAUAACGGCGACAGCGCCAACACCUAAAGAUUACACAUUCCACUUCAUCUCACCUAAAGCCUUGACAGAACGAGAAGCUAUCAAAUCCCAAGUGACAGAACUCUUAGCACGUGCCAGAGGCUUAAUGGCCACCAAUACGCCUGUGCAAACAUCAUCAGUCUCUUCAUCUGCCCCAUCGCCAGCACCAUUUACCCCACCAACCACAAAUUCUGCAACCACAACAACUGCGGCUCCGACGUCAAACGACGCUGGUACACCCCAUUCAAUUCAAUCUAUAGCUUCUCCUCUGCCUGUAUCAUCAAGCUCUACAUCAACACCACCACCACCACCACCCGCUUCUUCCAGCUCCACAAAUGCCUGGCGACACGAAGAAUUCAUGGCUAGAAGACAGCUACUGUCAACUAGUCGAGAGCUCCAUAUGUUGCACAUGGAAUUAGUGGUUACAGGAAAAAGUGUUUCUGAAGAAGACUUCUGGUCAAGUCCAUAUGUUAAGCGAAUACGUCAGAAACUGAAAAAGGAUGCAAUUUCUCGUGAAGGAAGACAAAAGGGGAAAUCGUCGAAAAUGGUUGAAUUGAAGCCUGGUCAACAGGAAGGAUCAGAUGUCAAGUAUACCUUGACAAGUCAGAUCAUUCACAACAUUUUUACAGAGUUCCCCUCUGUUAAGCGGGCCUAUGAUACAAAUGUACCUGAUAAACUAUCGGAACAGCAAUUUUGGAAGCGGUUCUUGGCCUCAGAAUUCUUCCAUCGCUCACGGACAGGAGGUCGAGCUCAAUUGACACCUUAUGACGAUAUUUUUGAUCGAUGUCUUCAAGAAGAGGAUGAUGAAAACUCAAAGGCACCAGAGAUAUUAGAUAAGAUUAAGAGAGUCAUUGAUUUGACUGCUACAGAGGAGGACCACGGUGAAUGCGGUAAUGCACCAGAUUAUGCAAUGAAGCCUGGAGAAAACUUGCAAGUCCUGUCAUUAAUCAGACGGUUCAACAGACAUUCUAUGCGUGUUCUCGAAAUACCUUCUACUAAAUCAAAAAACGAAGAAAAGUCAGUUGAUGAUGACAUUGAAAAGGAAAUCAUAAUAUCUGACCUGACAGACGAGCCACCUCCAGAGAAAAUUGUUCUUGAUAUUCAAGACACACGUCGUUACUUUGAAAGUCAAAGUGGCGGACAGAAUAAAAUGCAAUUACAGGAAGAGGAAGGAGAUAAAUUAUUACAAAGUUUCAAAAUACAUUUUCAAGAUUGGCAACCCGAAAUGACAAAGCAUGUAAUGAAACCAAAGGUAGCCGAUAAGGUAUGUCAUGACCUGACAAUGACUAUCAAACGAAAGACUCGACACGAUUUACGAUCAUCUGUAACAGAUGCCAAAUUACCGCCUCCCGUUCAACAGAAGAUUCAAAAUUAUCACUCGGCAACUAAUGAGAUUUUACGACAUUUUUGGUCUUCGUUUGAUCCCUAUCGACCAGAAAAAAAUGUUCGCAUGGUUGAGGGUUUAAGGAAGCAGCAGGAGAAACUUAAAGAAGUGUUGACUGUAGUCAAUAGCUACCAGGGUGAUGUAAAUCGAUGUAGACAGACUCUGAUGCCUGUGAUGACUGCAGUAGACAGAGCGCUAGAAGCUGCAAAAAAACGGGGAAUGAAAAGACGAAUCCUGACAACUAGCCUUUUAUUUAUGAACUUUGAUCUUCUCAAUUAA